AUGUCCCUUACAAAGACACCCCCGUUCUCCGCAAUCUCGAAACUAGAGAUAUUGAUUCUCAAUCAAUGCACUAAACUACGUAUGAUUGACGAGUCCAUCGGCAAUCUACAGCAUCUUGAUCAGCUAAAAAUAGAAUAUACAGAUAUCGAGUCACUACCAGAAUCCAUUGGCGUUCUACAAUCUUUAACAGAGCUAAGAAUAAAUUCUACAAGACUCUCAGUGUUGCCUCACUCGAUUGGUAAUUUAGUGAAGCUGAAACAUCUAAUCUUAGCAUGCCUUGAACUUCAAAAGCUUCCCGACUCUAUUGGACAACUGGAGUCGCUGCUUGAGCUAGAUGUCACAGGGACAAGCAUUAGAGAAUUACCUUAUUCCAUUGGAAACCUAGAAAGGUUGAAAUUUUUGAUAGUCCCACGAUUAGAAAAGCUACCAGACUCGAUUGGGAGGCUCCAUUCAUUGGUCAAGUUG